GGCGUUCUGAUUGGCAGAGUAGUAUAACUCGCAGUGAACAAGACUAUUGCUCGUGAAGGAACAGGUGUCUUGUCUUCUAAGGGUCAUUUGCCUCUUCUACUACACUGUUAAAGGUAACUUUUAGCUGUCGGGCUGCCAGGACUAGGAGAUUCUACCAGCUUCAAUUGAGGACAAGAGUUAAAGGUUGACCAGGAUUAUUGGCAUCCCUGUUCAUACAUUACCUGCUGCUUUCUACAAUCAACCCUGGUCCGGGAUGAUCUUCUGGAUAAUACUCCCCAUCUCCCUUUCUCUAGUGUCCCUCAUUGGAACGUGGAGUGUAUAUGCCAUCGCCGUUUACAACAACCAUGUCUGCUCCCUGGGAGAUUGGGGUGCUGCAAAAUACUGCAAUAAGAAUGACUCCACAGAAUGCUGUCUGGUGCCCACCAUAAGCUCAAGUGGAACCAGCUUGCCAGAAAACUCUCUUUUCUCUGCCAUAAUCAGUGGCGGGGCUUUUCUAUUUCUGGUGUUCUCUAUCUUCCACCAUGCCCACAUCAUGGAGAAGAACGCCAAGCAGGCGUUGCUGAGCCGCAUCGCCCUGGUUUUCGGGAUAGUGGCCGCCACGGGGGCAUUUGCAGCAGGAAAUUGUAAUCCCGGGAACCUGCCCCUCCUGCAUCACCUCGGCGCCGCGCUGAGCUUCACCUGCAUCUGCUUCUACACCGUCCUUCUGACCUCACUCACUGGGAGGUGUCUGCUGACCGGAUAUGAAAAGUAUCUCUACCCACUUCGCAUCAUCUCCUCCGCGAUUCAGAUCAGCGUCACCAUCGGCUAUAGCAUACUGUUUGCUCAACCAGACUACAGGGCCAUCCACAUCUCUGCUGUGUUUGAGUGGAUGCUCAGCGUCAACCUGGAGCUGUUUGAGUUAAGCUAUGUGGUGGAAUUCGCCUACUUCUACUCCUGGAUGUUGUCGAACCUGCUGAUCAAGCGUGACGAGCAGAAACCCUUGAUCUUAGCGAUGUCCUGAUACAAGACGGACACACCAACCAAACGAGACACACCGCGUCGGUCAGAGUGGAUUGAUUUAUCAAGGCAUCAGGAUUGGCUAAUACUUAGCUGCUAUUUCUGUUUUCGGUUGCUAGGCCUGGACUAGGCCUACUGACCACUCCUGGAUUACACGCCCAUGGGGUGCUUUGUAGUUGUAUCAGUUGUUUCAAUACUUCCGUUCACUUCUUUCAUUAAUGUAUGUAUGCACUUCUUUCAUUAAUGUAUGUAUGAUAAGAUGAUUGUAAUGAUAUAAUUGUUCUCAUGAUGGUGAUUUGCAAGCAUUAUUACUUAGAUGGAAUUUAUCAUGGAGUUUUAGGUUGUAUUUAUUGUGUUUAUCAGUCUUUGAGGCUUGGUGUAUGGGGAUUUUGGUGGGAGAACAAACCUUGCUUACCCAUCAUGAUGUACAGGUCAUCAUGGGUAUUUAUUUAGAACAAUUCUGAUAGUAUCCUACAGCCAUGGAACAUUAAUUGUUUAUCCCUAUUCUAUGAUAUUUUGUACAAAUUGUGAAUUGAUUUAUAUAACCAUGUGCUUUUGUACUAUUUAUAAUAUGAUGACUUGGUUUUUGUGCCAAUCAUUUAUUUGUCGUUUCAAACAAUACUCACAAGAGAAAGUGUUGUAGAACAUGAGAACAUUUCUGACCUCAGAAAACCAAUUCAAAAUAAAUUGAUUGUCAAAGAUCACUUUAUCAAUCA